AUGCCCUUCGUCAGCCACCUGCCAUCCCUGAACGGCCAAUCCCCGCUGCGCGACGCGCCCAGCGCCAAAUGGCUGGGCCACAAUACCCGCAGGAACCCCGUGCCGCAGUGCAGCGGCGACCGGAGGCGAUCUAGCGUGGUUGGCCACGCGAGCUCGGCAGCAGCAUCGCCAUCAUCGUCAGCAACCCCUGAGGCCGCCGUGGCUGCGAAUUGUCCCAGUCGGGCCGCGGCGCUCAGGGGCGAGCGGAGGAGUCCAUGGGCCAAGGAGCCCGAGAGGCGGAGGGAGGGGGAGCUGGAGGACAUUCGCAAGAUAAUGGGCCUGCUGCCGGAGAGGUUCCGAUCGGGGCUGGAGUCGCACGGGGAGCUUGGCGAGCUGCUGGAGAUUGUUAUGGACCUUGGGAGGGUGCCAUUUGCACGGUUUCCGUCUGGCGACUAUUUUCUGUCGGACGAUGUCGUCAGUCUUGAGGAUUUGGAGUUUGCUGUUGAGCAGGUUGGUGACUUUGGGGCUGACAACCGGGCUGGCAUUGAGCAAACGUUGCAUCGCAUCAGCUGCAUGAGAAAUCGAGAGGGCAAGAUCAUCGGGCUGACUUGCCGAGUGGGCCGAAAUCGUUCUGAGAGCGUAGAUAUGGUUGCAGAUUUGGCAUCCAGUGGGCUUUCUAUUCUUCUGCUGGGGAGACCAGGCGUUGGAAAGACAACUGUCAUCAGAGGUGUCUCAAAACUUCUGGCCGACCAGUGCAAGAAACGGGUUGUGAUCGUGGACACAUCCAACGAAAUAGGUGGGGACGGCGAUGUGCCGCACCCAGGGAUUGGCCAAGCGAGAAGAAUGCAGGUUCGUCACCCAAGCAAGCAACAUGCCGUGAUGAUUGAAGCCAUUGAAAACCACAUGCCUGAGGUGAUUGUCAUAGAUGAAGUGGGCACCGAACUGGAGUGCCUUGCAGCACAGACGAUUGCCCAGCGGGGGGUGCAGCUGGUUGCCACUUGCCAUGGGAAUGAGCUGGAGAACGUCCUGAAAAACCCAUCGCUUGCAGACCUUGUGGGGGGCAUCAGCUCGGUGACGUUAAGUGACGAGGAAGCCCGUCGACGACGGGGCCAGAAGAGUGUGCUGGAGAGGUCAGGGCCGCCAGCCUUUGACAUUGCGAUUGAGAUGCUGGACAGGAGCACAUGGCGUGUUCAUAACGACCUGGCAGAGGCAGUGGACACCAUACUUGCAGGCGGGUCAGCCCAUGGGGAAAUACGCCAGCGUGAUGCAAACGGUGACGUCACCUCCCAACCUGGGCAUGUCUACGAUGGCAGGAAGCCACCAGCCCGCCUACCACUGGAUACUGAUGCAGAGGAAGACAGAAAGCCAUCCUCCGUGUGGUGGUCUUCCGUCGAGGCAGCUCCCCUGCCCUCCACCUCUGCCAGCAACCCAAGCCAGGAUGAACCCUGGGCUGUGCCGUUUAAACGCUCUGCAGCAGUCACCAAAACUGGGACAUCCGGCCAGGGUGUUGACACUGGAGAGCCCGACUGCCUUGCUGCGGGUGCAGAUGGUUCUGGCAAGGCCGUGCUGUUGCGCCUGUAUCUUUGGGGUGUGGAUGCCGACGCGCUGUGGGAUGUGCUGGGCAUGAUGCAGCUGCAGGGCCAGGUGGCACUGACGAGCUACCUCCGCCAAGCUAACUUGGUCCUUGCUUCCAAGUCGAGAUUAAAGCAAGGGGGAUGGAUUCGACAAGCAGCACAGGACCUUGGAGUCCCAAUGUACUGCUUGAAGUCUUCAACCCCAGCUCAGUUGGCAAGGGCGCUCCAGACUUUCUUGACGUUUCAGCCUGUGAAAGAGGUGGAUGCUGCCUCUGGGACCACGACAGUUCACCCUCCGAAGUACGACUGUGAUUUCGCGGUGGAUGAUUACAUUCCAGGGUCGUAUGAUGGGGAAGAGAAGGAAGCCAUGGAAGAGGCACGUCUGGCAAUUGUGGAAAUCGUCAUCCCACGCAGACAACCUAUAGAGCUUUUACCCCGAGCGCCCUGGAUCCUCAAGAGACAGAUGAAGUUAGCAGAGUUCUACAACGUACAGUGGAGGAGCGUUGGCUCUGGAAAUGAUGCCCGUCUGCGCAUACUGCCAGGAAGCGCGGCCAGUUGCGAGGAAAAGGGCAAUGUGGGAUUUGAAGCGGCUGCCAUUGAAGCGCGCCAGACGGGAGAGCGCAGGGAUUCCUUCCGCGCUGCCGCAUAG